CGGGCGGACAUCCAUGCUGAGCGCGUAAAAAUUAUCAAUUAAAAUCAAUUUAAUCGUUAAUCGGGCGCCUUCAUACAAACAACAACAACAAAAAAACAAAAAAAACACGGAAAAGCAGAAGAAAAUGCCCGCAAAAAAACAUAGGCGCCAGCACAAACAACAGGCCAAGGCUCAGGCCAAGGCACAGGCACAGGCUCGCGUCCAGGCGAAGGAGUCGGAGCUGGAGUCGGAGUCGGUGCCGGCGUUUCGCGUGGCGCACUCGGAACUGUUUGGACGCUAUUUGGUGGCGAAUCGUCAGCUGGCGGCGGGCGAGCUGCUCAUCACCGAGCAGCCGCUGGCCAUCGGGCCCUGCGUCAGCUGUGAGCCCGUCUGCCUCGGCUGCUAUCGCCCCGUCCAGCUGACGGUGCAACAAUAUCGCUGUCCCGGCUGCGGCUGGCCGCUGUGCGGCGCUAGCUGCCGCGGCCUGCAGCAGCGACGCCAUGGCCACACGGAGGAGGAGUGUGGCAUUUAUGGGAAGCGACGCUGGCUGGCCGCCGAGCUGCUGGGGGAGAGCGCCACGCCCGACCAGGUGCGGGAUCUGUACGAGCUGGUGCUGAUCGUGCGGAUCGCGCUGCUGCGCCACCUGGCGCCGGAUCUCUAUGCGCAGAUCCGGCGCAUGGAGUCGCACACGGCGGCGCGGCGCGAGAACCCGACUCUCUGGCAGCACUACGAGCAGAAGGUGGUGCGGCGGCUGCGCGACGACUGGCAGCUGGAUGUGGAGGCGGCGGAGCUGCACGAGAUCUGCGGCAUCUUGGACGUGAACUGCUUCGAGAUUGGGCAGCGCGGCGCCAAGGCGCGCACUCUGUAUCCGAGCGCGUUCCUGCUCGCCCACGACUGCAGCCCCAACACGGCGCACACGGAUGAUCCCGCCAGCUAUGCCAUUCUGUUGCGCACAUCGCGCGUCGUACGCGACCAGGAGCCCCUCACGCUCAGCUAUGCGUACACGCUGCAGGGCACAUUGAAGCGGCGCAGCUUCAUCCAGGGCGGAAAGCUGUUCUGGUGCCAGUGCCAGCGCUGCGCCGAUCCCCGUGAGCUGGGCAGCGACUGCAGCGCCCUCGUCUGCAAAUCCUGCCAGCUGGGCAGCAUGCGAGCCACCUCCCCGCUGGACCAGAGCGCCGACUGGGCCUGCGAUCGCUGCGCUCAUCGCCUCGGCGCUGUCCAGCUGGAGCGUCUCUUGGACCGCAUCAAUGACGAUCUGGAGUCCAUCGAUGUGCACGACAUUCCCGCACUGGAGAACUUUCUCGUACGGUACCGCGAGGUGCUGCGUCCGAAUCACUACCUGCUGCUGUCUGCCAAGUACUCGCUGUGCCAGACCUAUGGCCGGAUCGAGGGCUAUCUGCUGCCGGAGUUGUCGCCAGAGGAUAUAGAGCGCAAGGAGCGCUACUGUCGCGAAUUUCUGGCUGUCAUCGAUCUACUGGAGCCGGGUCUAACCCGUCUGCGUGGGCUCAUCAUGUACGAGCUGCAUGCCCCGAUUAUGGUGCUCGCCCAGCUGGGCAUGCAGACCGGCCAGAUGUCGCGCCAGGAGUUCCAGAAGCGCAUCAAGGAGGUCGUCAAGCUGCUCAAGGAGAGCGCCCACAUUUUACAGCUCGAACCACCCGGUUCCAGCGAGCACGAAAUGGGUCGAGCCGCCGCCGAUGCGCUCAUCAAAAUGGGCUGUUAAAACUCGAAGACAACCCAUCUAUAGAUAUACUUAGCCUUGUGUGCCCAUGCAUAUUUAUUGUUGUGGUCCAUCCGAACUCGACUCUCGGCCGAGCUGUCCCCAUGGAACUUGGUCCAAGUCCUACCCAUACCAGCAGCUGGCUUUAAAAUCCAUUUCGGCUGGAUUACUGUACUAUAUGAUAUAGUAUAACACUAUUGAAAAAAUCCAUCCCAAGUUCUGUUCUAGUGAAACUGUUUUUUUUUUUUUUUUGGUUUUACUUAACUAACAUAAGGUUGUAUAAUCAAAGUUCUAUAUUAUAAAGCUACCAUAGAAUUAAUUAAUCAUAGAAUUUAUAGCUCAAGAACAGACUUUUAUUCUGUAGAAUCUUAUCUUUAGAACUGCUUGUAAAAACUGUUAUACGCUGUGUCAAUUAAAUGUGGUGUGAAAAGUUAAAA